GGGAGAUGGAGAGAGGGUGGUCUCGUGAGAAGUCUAACUGAAUCUCUUCGCCACUUGAAUCUCUUCUUCGCCACUCUUCGCCCUGCAUUCUCGACAUUUCUGCUCCGCUGACAGCAGCAGCAUCAGCACCAGUCAUCAUGGCAGAAGCGCACCAGGCGGUGGCCUUCCAGUUCACAGUCACUCCUGAGGGUAUUGACCUGCAGCUGUCCCAUCAGGCCCUCACUGAGAUCUACCUCUCCGGUGUGCGCUCCUGGAAGAAGAGAAUCAUCAGACUGAAGAACAGUGUGGUGACGGGUGUGUAUCCUGCGAGCCCCUCCUCCUGGCUUUUUGUGGUCAUAGCAAUCCUGGCUACCAUGUACACACGCUCCGAUCCCUCCAUGGGCCUCAUAGCCAAGAUACAGGAGCACCUGCCCGUCAGCAAGUCGAUGAGUACGCAGUGCCAGGUGGUGGUGUCAGCAGUGCUCUUCAGCACCAUGCUGUGGCUCUUGCUCAUCUUCACCAUGCGCUUGUGCCUCAAGCAGCUCCUGUCCUACCACCGCUGGAUGUUUGAGCAACAUGGCAAAAUGUCCAACACCACCAAAGUCUGGGUGGCGUUGGUGCGGAUCUUCUCUGGCAGGAAGCCUCUGCUCUACAGCUACCAGGGUUCACUGCCAAAUCUGCCUGUGCCUGCUGUCAAGGAUACUGUGAAGAGGUAUCUGGAAUCUGUGCGCCCUCUAAUGGAUGAUGACAAGUAUGAGCUUAUGACCAAACUGGCAACAGAGUUUGAGAGCAGCCUUGGUAAGCGCCUGCAGUGGUACCUCAAACUCAAAGCUCUGUGGGCAUCCAACUACGUGAGUGAUUGGUGGGAGGAAUACGUCUACUUACGGGGACGAAGCCCCAUCAUGGUCAACAGCAACUACUAUGGCAUGGACUUGUACGUGACACCCACACCGAUCCAGGCGGCCAGGGCAGGCAACAGCAUUCCCGCGUUCUUCCUGUACCGUCGCAAACUCAACAAAGAGGAGAUAAAACCUAGCCGUAUACCAGGCACUGUCAUUCCACUGUGUGCUGCUCAGUGUGAGAGGAUAUUCAACACAACACGCACUCCUGGAGAGGAGACCGACUCUGUGCAGCACUGGCAGGACAGUGACUACAUAGCCAUCUACCACAGGGGUCGGUAUUUCCGUCUGAGGGUGUACCAGGCGGGCAGACUCCUGUCCCCCAGGGAGAUCGAAUUCCAGAUCCAGAGGAUCCUUGACGACCCUUCACCUCCCUCUGCAGGGGAGGCCAAACUCGGGGCUCUCACGGCUGGAGACAGAAUUCCAUGGGCUAAAGCCAGACAGACAUAUUUCAGCAGCGGGAUCAAUAAACGCUCUCUGGACUGCAUCGAGAGAGCCGCCUUCUUCGUGACCUUGGAUGAUGAAGAACAAGGCAUUCUGGGAGACGACCCUCAGGCCAGUUUAGAUCGCUAUGCCAAGUCCCUGUUACAUGGUAAAUGUUAUGACAGGUGGUUUGACAAGUCCUUCUCAGUUGUUUACUACAAGAACGGAAAGAACGGCAUAAAUGCAGAGCACUCGUGGGCUGAUGCUCCAGUGUUGGCACACUUAUGGGAGUACACACUAGCCACCGACUGUUUCCAGCUGGGUUACAAUGCAGAGGGUCACUGCAAAGGAGAUGUAGAUGCAUCACUACCAAAACCCCAGAAGCUGAACUGGGAAAUCCCUCCAGAGUGUGAGGAGCAGAUCACUCAGUCCCUGGCAGUGGCCCAGACUCUGGCCGACGAUGUGGACUUCCAUGUUUUAUCCUUCCAAGACUUUGGCAAAGGAAGGAUCAAGAGGUGUCGGGUCAGUCCAGACGCCCUCAUUCAGACGGCUCUUCAGCUGGCCUACUACAGGAAUCGCAAGACGUUCUGCCUGACGUAUGAAGCUUCCAUGACCCGUCUGUUCAGGGAGGGCCGCACCGAAACCGUCCGCUCCUGUACUAACGAGAGCUGUGCCUUUGUGCGAGCACUGGAGGGUGGAGAGGCAGCAGAGGUGUGCAGGCGUUUGUUCCGGUCAGCGUCUGAGAAGCACCAGCAGCUUUACCGCAUGGCGAUGACCGGCGCUGGUAUCGACAGACACCUCUUCUGCCUCUACGUGGUUUCCAAAUACCUUGGAGUGGAGUCUCCGUUCCUGAAAGAGGUGUUGGCUGAACCCUGGCGUCUGUCCACCAGUCAGACUCCAGUCCAGCAGGCGGAGCUCUUUGACAUUGUCAACCACCCAGAGUACAUCUCCUGUGGAGGGGGCUUUGGUCCGGUGGCUGAUGAUGGUUACGGCGUGUCUUACUACAUUUUGGGAGAAAACAUGAUUAACUUCCACAUCUCGUGCAAGCACUCAUGUCCAGACACUGAUGCUCACAAGUUUGGAGCUGAGAUCAGAAAAGCCCUUCACGACCUGAUCCAGAUGCUGAGCCCCAGCCCAAGAGAGGCCACCUUUACAGCACAGAGUCGACCAGAGGCAAAGAAAGACCUGUAGGUGGUUUACGUCUGAGGAAGAAAGGGAAACUGUGAAAGCCAAAAUCAUCCAUAAUGAAAUGAGGAAAGACAAUUUUCUUUUACUUCUGUGUUGGGAGAUUUUUAUAGCCAGUGAGAUCAGACAUCUCCAUGGAGACAGUGCUAUGAUGGAGGUGGUGUUUGUACGUGUGUGUGUGUGCGUGUGUGUAUGAAGAGAGACAAAAACAAAAACGUGUGAUUCAAGGACAGUAUGGUUUAGUUUGAACAGUCCACAUAAAAGGGAUUCUAAAUGAAAAAGUCUUUUUGUGCCAUGGUUAGAUAAGUGGUUCCCAAACACUGGGUCGAGACCCACAGAGGGGCCACAAGAGAUUUAUUUGGGAGUGCCCAUUUUCAGAGUUUUCCCAACCUUUUAUUUAAGAUGUUUGUGCAUAUGUUUUAUAAAAUGUUUUUUUAAAUCAAUUUACUAAACAUCUCUUAAAAAUAAUUUGUUUGCUAAUUCCAAAUAAUGUUAGGUUUUAUAGAUUUGGCUGUAAAUGAGUCACUAGAUUAUGAUAAUUUGCUCCUGUCAUGAUUUACUUUGUUAUUUGGGAUCACAAAAGUCAUCUUUGAAAACUGGGUUAGAUUAAUCAUGUUAAAGGGAUCAAAUAUCAGGUUUUGCCACUGAACUGUACCACAGAUUGUCUUUUGUUGGGUCUGUUUGAAAAAGUGUGAGAUGGAUGUUGGGUCUUACGUGACAUGUGCAAGUUGCAUCAGUUUCCACUGUCUGAGUUCAGUGAGAACAGGGAUUUUAAAAGCUUCUCUGGACAAUA